CGCGCUCUGAAACAACUUGAGGAUAGCAGAAACGGUCGUCGUCGGCGGCGAUGGGUCGUGUAAUCCGUGCACAGCGUAAGGGUGCUGGUUCGGUCUUCAAGUCCCACACGCAUCACCGUAAAGGUCCGGCUAAGUUUCGGAGCCUGGACUUCGGGGAACGUAAUGGUUAUCUGAAGGGUGUCGUGACGGAGAUCAUCCACGAUCCAGGUCGUGGAGCUCCUCUCGCUCGCGUCGUUUUCCGUCAUCCUUUUCGGUACAAGAAGCAGAAGGAGCUGUUCGUGGCGGCCGAGGGUAUGUAUACCGGUCAGUUCGUCUACUGUGGUAAGAGGGCAUCUCUUGUUGUUGGCAACGUUCUUCCUCUUAGGUCCAUUCCUGAGGGAGCUGUCGUUUGCAAUGUCGAGCACCAUGUCGGUGAUCGUGGUGUGUUCGCUAGAGCUUCCGGCGAUUACGCCAUUGUUAUCGCCCACAAUCCUGAUAACGAUACCACUAGGAUCAAGCUCCCGUCUGGGUCAAAGAAGAUUGUGCCGAGCGGCUGCAGAGCCAUGAUUGGCCAAGUUGCGGGUGGAGGAAGGACUGAGAAGCCCCUCCUCAAGGCUGGAAAUGCAUACCACAAGUUCAGAGUGAAGAGAAACUGCUGGCCGAAGGUACGUGGUGUUGCGAUGAAUCCAGUUGAACAUCCCCAUGGAGGAGGUAACCACCAGCACAUUGGUCACGCCAGUACAGUCAGACGCGAUGCCCCUCCUGGUCAAAAGGUGGGUCUCAUCGCUGCCAGGAGAACCGGCCGUCUCAGAGGUCAAGCCGCUGCCACAGCUGCCAAGGCCGACUAGGCUUGAUUGUUUCACAGGUAACAGUCUCCCCUGCUCUCUCUUGGUUUUGUUUAUUGGGUUGUUACUGUUUUUUUUCUCAGAGGCUUUUUUAGGGCCACUCUCUCUUGUAUUUUACUUUAGAACAAAGUUUUUGGACAUUGGAACUUUGUUAACUUUUUGUCUUUGAUUCUGUGGUAUGAAGAAAGA